UCUGGAGGAAAAAGGUUUAAAACUUAGUAGGACAAAGACAGAGUAUUUGCAAUGUUCAUUUAAAGAUGGAGUUACUACAAAUAACAUGGUAUCUUUGGAUGGUGAACUGAUUGUAAAAAGCAAUAGUUUUAAGUACCUGGGAUCGGUAUUACAGAGUAAUGGAGAAAUAGAUGGAGAUGCAAGCAGUAGAAUUAGGGCUGGAUCGAUGAAGUGGAAGGAAGCGAGUGGUGUGCUGUGUGACAGGAAAAUUCCAAUGAAGUUGAAGGGAAAAUUCUAUAAAACAGCCAUAAGACCGGCUAUGAUGUACGGAACUGAAUGUUGGGCAGUGAAAAAGAAAGAGGAACAACGAAUGCAUGUGGCGGAAAUGAGAAUGCUUAGAUGGAUGAGUGGAGUGACAAAGAAGGAUAAAAUUAGAAACGAGUAUAUUAGGGGAAGUCUAGGUGUGGCACCAAUUGAUGCCAAAAUGAGAGAGCAUAGGUUAAGAUGGUUUGGUCAUGUUCAACGUCGAGACGUUAAUCACCCAAUACGAAGAAUAGCUGAAGUGCAGAUUCCUGGAAGGAGUAGGAGAGGAAGACCAAAGAAGACCUGGGGGGGGGGGGGAGACGAUAAGGCAGGACAUGUUGGUAAAGGGGAUUAACAUUGAUAUGACCCAAGAUAGAAUUGUGUGGAGAAAUGCAAUUAGGGAAACCGACCCCGCAUAGGGAUAAGGCAAAGAGAA